AUGCUUAGUCCCCAGGUAGAAAGAGCAGUCGCAGAUACUGAAGACAUCAUCCGAAGGUUUGACCAGGCUAUCUUAGAGGCUGAUGAGUCUUCAGAGGCAUCUACAGCCAUACAGACAUCGUCAAGCAAGGUGUGCACCAAGAGCCCUGGUGACGUUCCUCUCGACACAGACGACCUAAUCAAGAAAUUUGAUGCUGCCAUUGCUGAGACACUUGCUGAUCUAGAAACAUCUUUUGAUAACUCGGAGACCGCUGGAGUGGCGUCCUUGAAGAAGAUCCCAGCAGCGCCUGGGGAGGAGGGUUCACUUUUUCAGCACGGGUCCAACAGUAACAACAGAUCUACUCGUUCACAAGCGCAAGGCACGAACAUGAAUGUACCCACCUCACGCACAGCACCGGAUGUAAGUGAUGCUGAAAUACGUAACCUGCCAGAAGCUCCGAGCGAUGUAGAGAUCAAAAUGGCCAUGUCCACUCCACCGGCCCUUGAGACAGUGGCAUCGGCAGACUUGGAAGCUGCUGUUCCUACCGAAAAUGCCAAAAGAAACAGCAUUAACUCGCAGACCAUGAAGGCCAAUUCUCUGGCUUCCAUGGCUCCUAUACAUGAAGGCGAGAUACUAGAUGACAAUGCUGAAGCCAUGUCGCCUUUCGAUACACAAAAGCUGUCAGAAAUACGUACAGAAUUUUCAGGUACAACUCCCUUGAAGAGGGUGGGAACGUGGAUCGAAAAGCAUAGAACCGGAAAAAAAGGGAGAUCGACAAUGGGAAAUAUUGUCACGAAAGAGAGCCAGAGUUGGAAUUUCGUAUCUGCUCUGACGUCUGGUAUCAAGAGUACUAUUCGCCGCGAAACAAUGGAUGGACAUCAAUGUGGCGAUGAUUUGCAUCCGAUCGACUUUCAUGAGUGCUUCAAGAGCUCGACGGUGACUCCCGAGAAGGGACUGUACAAAUUCAAAGAUUAUGCGCCCAAGGUGUUUCGGAAUCUGAGAUACUUCUUUGGAGUGGACGAUAAAGCAUAUCUCCAAUCAAUAGGGCAAGACGGAUUGCAUGAAAUCAGUACUGCAGAGACUGGAAGCAAGAGCGGCCAAAAGUUUUUGAUAUCAGCCGAUGGUCGCUACUUCAUGAAGACCAUCACAAAGAGCGAGUGCAAAUUCUUCAGAAAGAUUUUACCUCAAUACUAUAAUCAUAUGAAGAAUAGCCGAAAUACACUUCUAUGUCGUUUCUUCGGGUUGCAUCGAAUCAAACCGGGCAAAUUGCACCUACUGGUCAUGUGCAAUAUCUUUGAUACUGAACGGGUAGUACAUGAUCGAUAUGAUCUCAAGGGAUCAACGGUAGGUAGGCAAGUGUCAGAGGCCGAGAAGAAGAAUCCCACGGUCAUUCUAAAGGACUUGGACUUCAUCAAAGCAAAUGGUUCUCUCGAGGUCCAGGCCGACUGCAACUUCUUGCAAUCCAUAGGCGUGAUGGAUUACUCGCUCCUCCUCGGUAUACAUUGGCGCGAGAAGGCGGUGGACACGAAAGAGUUUGGCCUUGUUGCUCACAAUCGCACUAUUCCAGACCGAUCUGCUGCGUCGUACUGGCUCGCUGCUUCAGGUGAGGAUGGGUUGGCGGGGGUUGCAAGAGUAAUGCUGGUGCAGAUCUAUUUCAUGGGAAUUAUCGACUAUCUGCAGUAUUACAACUCCCGGAAGCGAGCAGAGACUUUCGUCAAGUCGUUUCAGUACAACUACAAAGAGAUUUCAGCUGUUGGGCCACAGCUUUAUGCUUCUCGAUUUUGCGAUUUCAUUUCAAGCAUUGUCGAAUGA